AUGGCAUCUACAACGGCCACGGACGCCGCCAUACAAGUGGUGGUGACACCCUCGCAGUCAUGUUACUUUGCUGGCGAACCGUUCACUGUGCGGAUUACAUUCACGAAUACACGAUCACCAGACGCCCCGCCUCCCCGAACUGCCUCAUCGCAUACGCACAAGCGGGCAGCACAUUCCAUUAGCUCUGCACCGCUGGCAAGACCGCCAACAUCACCAGGCACGCCGCGAGCCAUGAUUCCAUCCAUACCGUCUCAAAUGGGCAUGGGUGACGGCCCACCUUCGAGGCGAAAUUUAAUCGGAAAGUCGACAUCGGGCGAGAAGGAUAGCGUUUCAAAGGGUCAGUCGCGAUCAUUGUCUGUAGCCAUAGCUCCAUAUGAACUAGAGGAGCAGCUAAAGCGCACCGCCUCGACUCCGCACGCUCUGGCUAGAUCAUCAUCACUUCCGCUGGGACCAAACCAUCCCCAUGCUCGUAAACAAUCCGUGUUUGAUGGUCAAAAAAUUGCCACUCCUCUAUCACCCAGCGCUGCUGCCUCCACCUUCUCCCUCUCUCUUGAUCCAAUAUCCGAAUCCACUUCACCUUCGCCAUUAGCACAGACGCCGCUGGCAGCUUCCCCAUUAGUUCCAAGUGCAUCGCUCAACUUCCCAUUCACAAACCCGGCGGCCUCAGGUACACAUUCUUACCCACCUCGACGGCCUCCACAAAUAGGUCUAGGGAAACCGCCGAGACACGACCUUCAAGUGCCGCCGCGCACUACCACUUCGUCUUCAUUCCCUCAAACCAACACCGAACUUAUUCUCUAUUCAUAUGCCCAGCUCUCUGGCACUCUCCACGCUACACCUCUCCCAGGCACGACCCCAACCCCAGACCAGGCCCAUGCGCUAAAGUACAUGCGCUCGGCUUUGUCUAAGCGGACAGUCGUAGGCGGUGGGAGUAUGGAUAUCACUUCAUCGCUUCGCUAUCCCACACCAAGUUCGCGUCCCCCAAAUCGACGGACACAUAGUCGGUCGGCCUCCAUAUCGUCCGGAAUCAUGUCACUGUUUUCACCAUCUGCAUCAUCACCUAGCAUAAAGUCCCCUUUUGCGCCAACACAUAAAGGGCGGACUCUUUCUGUGACAGGUAUUCCUGGCUCUGCCCCGCCUGAGACGACUGCGUUUCCCCAAGCUGUUGGUCUGGGUAUCGGUGUUGGGGAUACUUCGGAAGAGGAAAUUGAUCCCGAAGCCCCUGUGCCUAUGUUCGAGGAACAGCCGACUAUGCUAGCCGUGGAUUUGGCUCUGUUACCCGGAGAGUCCAGAAGUUACACGUACAAAAUUGCUUUACCAGAUAACCUUCCUCCGACGUUUAAGGGUCGGACGUUGAGGUUCUCAUAUGAGCUAGUGAUUGGAACAUGUCGUGCAGGGGGGUCUGCGAAAUCUUCUGGCCCGGGUAGCAUUAGCAGGGUAAUGAAGGUUCCAAUACGAAUAUACAACCACGUUGCAGUUGGUCGGCUUCCUCGGCAUUAUGAUUUGUUGUGGCCUGUUGCCAGACGGAUAAAGUCGCCUGCUGAAGCAAAUGCGAAGGUUGUGGAGGAGACGGGGAGGCACAAGCAGAAACUCCCCCUUUCCCAUACAGGUGAGAUGGGAACAUUUGAAGAUCUCCAGCGGUAUUCCCGGUCGCUGCUUCAAUCUUUUCAUUAUAAAAGCUCCAAUCCUGAUUCCGUACGGCGUAUCACUAGCAGCCCGGAGGACGACGUAAGAAGGGGCCUUUCUACAGAGAAUGACACUGGUUUGUCUGGCUGUAGAGAGGCUGUGGAGAUCUUGACUCGAAAUCCAAAGAAAGUUUGUUAUGACGUGGGCAAGGACGGUGUAAAGGUCGCCGUUUUGACGUUCCCCAAAUCGUCGUACCGACUGGGCGAGACCGUAUUUGGUGUGGUAGAACUUAAUGACAGGACGGGUAGAUCCCGUGUCUUGAAGUUAAGCGCUAUCCUUGAGGCACGAGAGUCUCUUCCUUCCUCCAUAUCACCGCCGUCGACUUCGCGACAUCUUCGCCGAGUUCAAGCCGAGCAAUAUUCGGCGUUUGUUGCUUCGACUCUCAGGACGACAUUCGCACUGGACAUCCCGUCUGAUGCUAGCCCUGCGUUCCAAGUAUGCCUAGGUCCAGAUUCCUCACAGCAGAAGCUGGGUGGGCUUGAGUGGAAAGUCCGGCUGUGUCUCCUUGUUGCUAUUGCCUCUGAGACGUCACGACCGGGCACUGAGGGCGUGCGGACGAAGGCUCUAGUUCGUGAUGGACCCCGGGGGGUAUGGGGAUCGUCCUGGCGAGCCCCUGCGAGCUUGGCACCCAUGGAGAAACCUGACCUUCUGAAGCUUGCUGCUCAGUCGCAGCAUCGAUCCGGUGGGAAUAAAUCCGCGGCUGCCAGCAACAGAGUCUCGCGAUCGUGGGCUGCUUCUAUCGUCGCGUCGCUUCUGGGCUCAGGUGAGCGGGAAUAUCAUGACGGGGAUGAGGGUGGGGAGGACGAGGAAGAUAAUGGGGAAUAUGACGGCGUUAGGGCCGAUAAAGAGGGUGGUGUUGGUGUUGGUGUUGUGUAUGAUGGCGGGGAGGAAGGGUGGCAGGACGUGGCCAUCGAGAUGGUUGAGUGCGAAGUGCCGAUUAGCGUGUGGCCGGGAAAUACAGCGUUCAAGGCCGUGGACGUAGUAUUCGACGUUUAG